AUUGCGUACUCUCUCCCAUCGCAGGUUUUGCAACGUAUAUUAUUGUUUAUUUGUGCAUAAAUAUGCUUCGUUUAGCGAAUUUUAAGGCGAUUAUUGUGAUCAAUCGUGCAUGUUUUGAACUUACGUAGUGGACGACAAGUAACUAAGUUAAGUGAUCUUGUGAUUGUGACUAUUUAUUUGUACGGAGGUGGUGUGCCGGAGCCUAGCUACAUCUAGCUGGGGAGACAUAGUGACAAGAUGGAUACGCCAAAGAACACCCACUGUGCUCCUCGGAUACAAGUCUUCCGGCCGACCUAUGAAGAGUUCAAGGAUUUCUCCAAGUACAUUUUGUACAUGGAAGAGAAGGGAGCACACAAAGCUGGUCUUGCUAAGGUUAUACCACCACCAGAAUGGAAACCUAGAAAGAACGGCUAUGAUUUGGACACCUUGAAUGUCACAAUCCCCGCUCCAAUUUGUCAGGUGGUAACUGGUAAACAAGGCCUUUACCAGCAGAUCAACAUCACAAAGAAGUCAAUGUCAGUGCAGGAAUAUAAGAAGAUGGCUGAUAAUCCUAGAUACAACACGCCUCCGAGUUUUGACUAUGAAGAUCUCGAGAGGAAGUAUUGGAAGAACAUUACGUACAUUGCUCCGAUAUAUGGUGCCGAUGUUUCUGGAUCUCUCACUGACCCUGAUGAACACGUGUGGAACAUCAACAGACUCGGCACUAUACUGGACUAUGUGAACGAAGACUACGGCAUCAGCAUUGACGGAGUGAACACCGCGUAUUUGUACUUCGGCAUGUGGAAGACGACAUUCGCUUGGCAUACGGAGGAUAUGGAUCUAUACAGUAUUAAUUACUUACACUUCGGUGCUCCCAAAACCUGGUAUGGCAUCCCACCUGAGCAUGGUCGUCGGCUGGAAAGGUUAGCCAACGGUUUCUUUCCAAGUAAUUGCAAAUCCUGCCCUGCAUUCCUCAGGCAUAAAAUGACAAUUAUCUCUCCUCAUGUUCUCAAGAAAUACUCCAUUCCUUUCAAUAAGAUCACCCAAGAGGCAGGAGAAAUCAUGAUCACGUUCCCAUACGGCUAUCAUGCAGGAUUCAACCACGGCUUUAACUGUGCUGAGUCCACGAACUUUGCCUCCCCGCGCUGGGUCGAGUAUGGAAAACGAGCAACGCAGUGCAUGUGUCGGCCAGACAACGUGAAAAUCAGCAUGGAUACGUUUGUAAAGAGGUUUCAGCCAGAGAAAUACGAGUUGUGGCUUAAAGGUAAAGAUGUCGGCCCUCAUCCCGAGGAUCCUAACAAGAUGUCCGCAGCUCCGGCACCCAGCGAACUUGACAUCCUAUGUAACAAAAAUAAUCCAGAGAUUCCAGCAGCUUUCUUGGAAGGAGGCGGGAAAAAGAGACAGCCCUCAGUUCGUAAGCCGAAACUAGAAAUCCCACCUAAAGUCGAGAUACCUCCUGAUGUGAAAAAAGUUAUGGAUGAAUUAGAGUUUGAAGAGGAAUUUCCAGAUGAGCAACAGCUAGAAGUGCUCGAAGACAUUUGGCUGAAAGCUGGGGAAAUGGAUCGCAGAGCUAUUGCGGCCGCAUUGUGCAGGAAGAAAAUCGAAAUGGAAGACGCCAUGAUACCAGACGAAGGUUCUAAAAACUCUCUAAAGAGAAAAGGAAAAAAGAAAAAGAAAAGAGAUUCUGAUGAUGACGAUGACGACGAGGAAAAAAAGCAUACAAGAAGAAAGAAGAAAUUACUUAAAGGGCUUGAAAAUCUGACUCCUAAGAAGAAAGGAGGAAGGCCUAGAAAAAUUAAAUUAGAAGACGUCAAAGUGGAAGAGGUGAAAAAAGAAAUUUCAGACAGUGAUAACAAUCCCAAUGCCAGUGAAAACGAAAGCAAGUUCUUGGAUAAAAGCGAAACUGAAGUGAAAAAUAAUAGUGGAAGUGAAAACGAGAGCAAAUACAAUGGAAGUGAAAGUGAGGCUAAAACUGAUGUUGAAGAUAUGUUGAACAGUUUUUCACAGACUCCCCAAAAACCAGGGGCUCUUCCUGUACCUGAUAUUAAGAAACAAGAACAGUUUAUGCAACAGUUUGUGAACUUUGUUCAUAAAAGGAGGGGAAGACCGCCUGGGUCUAAAAACAAAGUUAAAAAAGUUAAAGAACCAAAAGAAGAAAACAAAGUAAAAGUAAGGCGAAAGAGGAAACCCAAAGAGGUUAAAGGUUCUGACGGUAACGGUGGAACAACAGGAAUUUUAAUGGUUCCAAAUGAUCAAAGGGUCAACAACAAUCCUGCGAUGAUGCCCAAUGUCGAUCAUUACCAACACCACAACGAUCCACUGAGAUUAACAAGUCCAGAAAUGGAGACUGAGAAAAAGUACUUCCCUCCCCCUCCAGAACAUUCUUAUUCAUCAUCGUUUCUUUCUCCUGGGCAGCAGCAGUACAUGCAACCGCCUCAGCAGUACAGUAACCAGCAAUACCAGAGCCAGCCAUACCCUCAUCAGAUGUAUCAGCAGCAGACCAUGCACAUGCAGAUGCAACAGAACCCACCUUACAUGCAGAAUCAGAAUAUGAACCAAUAUUCGAUGCAAAACCAGAUGUACAACCAAUCCAUGAGAUCGCCGGUGUCUAAUGCGGGUCAUAGUCACAACCAGUAUGAUCCGAUGAGAUCACCGGUGUCUAAUGCGAGUCAAAGUCACAACCAGUACGAUCCAAUGAGAUCACCGGUGUCCAAUGCGAGUCAAAGUCACAACCAGUACGAGCCUAUGAGAUCACCGAUGUCCAAUGCGGGUCAAAGUCACAACCAGUACGAUCCAAUGAGAUCACCGGUGUCCAAUGCGGGUCAAAGUCACAACCAGUACGAUCCAAUGAGAUCACCGGUGUCCAAUGCGGGUCAAAGUCACAACCAGUACGAUCCAAUGAGAUCACCCAGUCAAAAUCAAUUGCAGGCUCCUUCCCCAAUCAACCAAUCAAUAAUGAGUCGAUCUCCAAUUCAAAGCAUGGUGCAAAUGUCUAAUUCCAUUACACCGUCACCGGUUCAAAAUCAGAUGCAAAGCCCUUCCCCGACUAAUAUGCUUUCGCCUAGUCAUAUGAGUCAAAUGAAUAGGUCACCGCAGGAAAAUCAGUCGUGUCAAAUGCAAAAUCACCUGAUGAAUCGUUCACCAAUUCAAAACCAACAUCCGGUGCAGGGAGAUCCGGUAAUGAACCGACCUUUGAUUCCGACAAACUCAAAUCACAACCAGAUGCCUCAAACAACUCAGUGUCAACAACCCAAUCAGUACCAGACAUCACCCGAAGUUCAAGUACAAAGUCCUUCAGCAAACAGCUUGGUCAGUGUCAACCAGAACCACAUUACGUACAAGAAGCCGUUAUUAGUGACCGUGUCAGGUAGAGUUACACCAGGAAAAGGAAACUCCCCUCUACACUCUCCGGUUGUGAUCCGAGCUCUGAAUACACCGAACAGUUCCCCUCAGUCAGAGGGCAGUUCUCCUCAGCACUUCCGAGGCAAGCUGCUUACAACGCCGGUGAUUAAAACUAUCAACAUGAGUAGCAUCAGCAUCGGAGGGAAACCUGUUCAGAUGCGCAUUCAGAACUCGAAUCAACAGCGAGUGAUCCGCGUCAAGAUGUCGAACAAAUCCAACGGUAAAGACAGUGACGAGGGUGAAGUGGCGUCGCCUAACAGGACGUUUACAGACGGAUAUUACGGGAAUCAACAUCAAGCUGGGGAGACGGAUAGGUUGACGUACAAUAUGGACCACGCUACGGUGAUAUCGGAGACGAGUGCCUGUCGCGUGGAGACAGUGGAGCAGUACGAUGUGCCGUACCAGUGUCAGCGACUGCCGAAACUGGAGAACCACCAACCUCACUCAGUCAGGAGUGACACCAGCUUUGACAGCUUGCACAACUCUUGGCACAGUGUCCAGAGCUCACCCACCUGUUCAGAUCGAUCUCCUCCAACGUUGAUGAGAGCAGACCAAGAUUGGACUUCUAGUCAAAACUGUAGUGAUAAUGAACAGUUUCAUCUUAAACUGAUGAGUGCCAGUAAUUGUGACUUAGAGCUGGAACGAACAAUCAACCGAUACAACAGCCAUGCGGCCCCACAUUGCUCCCUGUGUGUACUCUUCACUGCGGAUAAGUGGGGCGGCAAAUUCACAGUUAAAGACUGGACUACUCGAGAAUGGAGUCAGGAGUUGCCUUCGGAAAGUCAGGUGAUGAUGCCCACGUACACUCAGUGCAGUAGACAAGCGCCACACAAUGCGCCACUGGUAGUGUGUGCGUCGUGUGCGUUAUGUGUGCACACAACCUGCUACGUCACUCCAUCACCCAUUGGAGACUGGCUGUGUGAUAAGUGCAAGGCCAACGAGUCUUUUGCAAGGUGCUGCCUGUGUCCCAUCCGCGGCGGAGCUUUGCGAAGAACUACAGACUCUCGUUGGGUUCACGUCGUCUGCGCUCUCUUCAUGCCAGAUGCUAAGUUCCUCAACAUCUGCAAGAGUAAUAACGGAGACGUCAUAGAACUCUCCAACUUUGCCACUUAUCAUUUGUGUGCCGUGUGCCAGAUGGGCCAGGUGUACUCCCGGUGUUGUGAAGGCAACUGUGGUGUGUGGUACCAUGUACCAUGUGCCGUCUACCGUGGUGCCAAGAUACGAGUCAACAGCGCCAUGGCUGGCAGCCGGUUCCUCAUCAACUGCCAGGGGCACAACAGUAAUCACAGGCACGACAAGAUGUGUGGUGUAGGUGUGGGACAGUGGGUGUGGGCUCGUCAUGAGAAUCACCGGUACUACCGUGGCAGAGUGGUCGACGUCGCUCGCACUCUCUUCUACUUGGUAUCCUUCCCCGACGGUUCCUUUACAGACAGACUGCAUCCAUCUCUAGUCAUCAAGAAUCACGAGGGUGGCGAGGAAGACCCUGUUCCAGGAAUGCAGAUGAGGUUGCGAUGGAACGGCCAAGAGUAUUAUGACGCAGUAUACCAGGGCUCCGAUACUAGGAUUAUGUACAGGGUGGAGUUUGACGACCAAUCCGUGUUAUGUCUGGCCCGAGAAGAGAUCUACAGCUUGGACGAAGAUCUUCCCAAGAGGCUGAGGAUGAGAUUGAUGCGAUUGGCCAACGUUAAGAAGACAUCGACAAAAGUGAAGGAGAUAAUUGUUUUACGGAAGACCAAACCUAACAGCCAGCAUUCAGCCAUCGUAGUAGUCCCCACUCCCAAACCUUGAACCGUCGUCGGCUACGAUGAUUGUUAGUUACCUAAGUAACUUGUUCUUCCGUCUCACUCACUACUUGUGCAACUAUGACUAUAGUAACCCACCAUGUUAAUGUUAGGAUUAUUUUCAAACUAAAUGAUUUGUGGUGUAAUUAAUUGGCCUCUAGUUUUCGCUUGCUGUCACUGAUAUGCUGCAAUUGAAAAUUUUUCAACUUUUUAAUUUGUCUGAGAUUGGAAAUAUUUUUUAGCAAAUGGAUUUACUCAUGCUGCAAAGCUGUGUGUACGUUUGUUGAGAAGUUUAGCAAAUUGUUAGAAUAAGGUUUGAAGUUUUUAACUUAACGGUUGAAGUUGAUCUGUAAAUGUAUUUAAAGUAUUGCGUGAUCCUAGCCAUCAAGAAUGAAUGAAUGUAUACUUGAAAAUUGUAAACCAUACACAUUUCAACAUUGGUACCUGUUAAAUUAUUUUUUAUUUAUGCAUGAUACACACUAUUUUGUAGGUUUGGUAAUUGUGUUUUUUAACCCUUCCUGGGCAGGCGACAGAUAAUCCGCUUUUUCGUUGUUAAUGAAUAGGUGACGGAUAUAUUUGCAUAACGUUUCUCAAUGUUGCAAACGGGAUGUUGAUAUUUACGUUUCUGUAGACACACUGGUUAGUGUUGGUACAUUAGCAGCUGGUUCACACUAUUUUCCAGUACAGGGAAGUUAUUGCCCGUUUUGUACUAAACACAUUUUUAUGCAGAUCAUUUUCCAGAGCAUAAAUCUAGUUGUAACUUACCCUAUAAUGUCCUUUUUUAAAUAAAAAUAUUGUCCAACAAAAUAUAGUGAAGACUUAUUUAUUUUUGACCUAUUGUAAAAUUUUAUAGACGGGUGGCAAAUAUUUCUGCAUAAUUUUUGGUGUUCCGAUUUUUUAUCGUCUUAAACCACGUGACCACACGCGUCCGGGAAGGGUUAAUGUAUACUUAUCACAAGUAAACACAAAUCAUUAUACAUUAUUGUCCGUUCUCACCGUUAUGAGCCAAAGCAAUAUUUUAGGUUAGGUAUGCUCCUGUACCUAUUCUUACAUAUUUCCUCAAAACUCUUUUAAUUGAGUAUUUUACUAAAGAUUGCUCAAUCACAAUGGUUUCAGAUUGUACAAAAAGUUUGAUUUAUUUUUAGUUGAUUUUGUAUAGUUUUAUGCAUGAAAUUAAAUUUAUUUUUAUAUAGCGAUUUAUGUAAGGAGUUUAAUAUACCUGACUGACUCAAUCAUUGUACUAUAUAGAUUAUUUUAACUGUACAGAGAAUGAAGUGUGUGAUAUUUAACAUUAAUUUAAAAUACCGUUUUGUUUAGUUAUUGUGGUAUAAUUUAUUUGAUAUUUUUGUGGUGCUAAAAAAACAUCACCUUUCAUGAAACAAUUUCAGUUUUGUCUAUGAUCAAUUAACUUAUUUCCUCAAGUUUUGAUGACUAUUCGAAUCUAACUUGAUCAUGAUUGGUUUUAUUAGGAAGGUUUAUCGUGUUUAUUUAAUUGUUUAGGUUUCUUUGUAGAAGUUGUACGAAGAUAAUUUAGAGGUUCCUUAGUACUUUUUCCUUUUACCUUGUAUUCCUGUUUACUAACUCAUAUUUAAUUUUUGCCAUGUAUUGAUAACCGUGUAAAUAAUAUCAGACUACUGUAUUAUCAUCUAAUGUUUAAGAUUCUGCAAAGUAGAUUUAAUAUUUCAUAUGAUCUCUUAAACUCUAUAUGUUAUCAAUAGGCACAAAAGAUUAGAUCAUGUUGAGUAAUAAAAAAUUUUAUGUAAGAAAUAUAAGUCAGGAGUAUUAUUUGUGUACUAGCAGGUUUCUGUAUAUGUGUAGGAAAUAAUAAA